UCCAUUCCUGGUGUCAGAAUUGCUCCAUUCUUCAUAGUUCCACCUCCAUGGAGCAUAACGUGAUAAAAAACCGCUCCCUUCAAUGUUACCCCAGGUUAUGGUACCAUGUAACCAGCAAAUUGCUGGCCUGCCUUUUGCUAAUUCACCUCAUGCUAGCACCAUACCAGUUCUAUGCUAGGAUGAAUUUUUCAAUAAAAUGUCUGCUGGCAAAGUGCCAACACCAUUUUAACUGGCAAUCUGCUAGUUGAUUCCAUGCCAGCACCGCGCUAGUGUUCUGCUACUAAUGCUAGCAUUCUGCUAGUAAAAUUGUCAAUAAGAUAAUUAUUCUGCUGGGAUUAACUAGUGUAUGGCUAGUGUACUUUUCACUAGCUUAUAUCAAGCUAGCAACAUGGUAGCUUUAUGCUAGGAGAAACUGCCAGCAUCGCUUGGUAACUAUGGCGCUAGGAUAUAACUAGCAUAUUGCUAGCAUACAUUGUGCUAGCUCAUCUCAGGCUAGCAUUAUGGUAGAAUUUUGCUAGCAGGAACUGCUGGGAUCACUCGAUAAUUAUGGUGCUGGGAUUUAAUUAGCAUAUUGCUAGCAUACAUUUUUCUAGCUCAUCUCAUACUAGCAAUAUGAUAGCAUUUUGCUAGUGGGAAAUGCUAGCAUCACUCAGUAACUACAGGGCGAGGUUUUAACUAGCAUAUCCCCAGCAUACAUUUUGCUAGCUAUCUCACAUUAGCAAUAUGAUAGCAUCAUGCUAGCAGGGACAACUGGCAUUACUAUUUGUAGAUAAUUAUGAGGCGAGGGUUUAACUAGCACAUUGCUCACAUACAUUUUGCUAGCUCACCCCAUGCUAGCGAUAUGAUAGCGUCCUGCUAGUAAGAACUGCUAGCAUCACUUGGUAAUUAAGGGGCAAGGAUUUAACUAGCAUAUUGCUAGUAUGCAUUGUGCUAGCUCAUCUCAUACUAGAUAUAUGAUAGCAUUUUGUUAGCGGAAAAUGCUAGCUUCAUUCGGUAGUUAUGUUGCUGGCGUGUAGCUAGCUCAUUGCUAGCAUACUUCUUGCUAGUUUGUAUCGUGCUAGUAAUAAACUGGCAUUUUGCUAGCAUGUUAUGCUAGUUCAUUUCAUGCUAGCAUAACGCUAGUAUCACGCUAGUUUCCUGCUACUCAUACUAGGUGGGUGCUACUAAUGCUAGCAUUCUGCUAGUAAAAUUGUCAAUAGGGUUCAGCUGAACGUUCCCUUGUCAGACAUCUUCGCUUUCUUUUUCAAACUUGAAAUUUAUAUUAAAAAUAUUACCUCUCACUUAAAUUUUAAUGUUUUAUUGAAACCAUAAAUCGCAUAAGUAUAAAAUUCAUUUCUUUUACUUCUCAAAAUUCGGAUUUUCUAUGCAUUUUAAAUGUUUUGGCCUUCGUUUCGCUCGAUCGAAUUCGUUUCUCUUUUUCAAAAUGAAGUACCAAAAAUUUGAAAGGGAAAAUAAAAAUGUCUACAGAUCCUAUGAAUUAGGCAUAUAUCAAUCAACAAAGCCAUUCUACUUACUUAUCUUUCAUGUACCUAGUAUCACUAUUGUAUUCAGCAAAAAUGGUACAUAUUUCUUUCUUAUUUUACAAAACCGUAUAGCUUUGUCCUUGGUUUUCAGGUGACUAUUUAAUUGUGACAUAAUAUACAAAAACAUAUCUAAGUACCCCAUGGCAGAUUGGAAUAGCUAUCGGAAAUGAUUACUUUGCUUUUUCAAAAAUUAGAUAAAAUCAUGACAAUUUGCGUCAUUUUUUUUUAAAUCACAGGAAGCGCACAAUGAGAUAUUUUAUUAAAUUAUUAUUCUGCUCGUGCAAAAGUUUGACAGCCAAAUAUGCAUGUAUUUAAUGUGAUGCAAUACGAUAAAUUUAUGUUGAAAAGUUUUUCAGUUCUUUAAAACAAAAACUUCUACUUGAUGGUGAGUUCUGCAUAAUUAUUUUACAUGUACAUAAUUAUUUUUUUUUUUUGACAUUUUUUUUAUACUGGGCGUGUAUAAUUGCCAGGAUUUUUACGCCCAGUUUCGAAUUUAUAUCUUUAAAAUCCGAGAUAAAAUUUAAUUACAUACAAAUUUUCAUCAUGAAAAUACAUAUUUACUAUUCGGCCAAAAUAGUCAAUUUCAUCGUGUUUCCAGAGAAGUCCAAUUAAGGAAAGAGGUUUAUAUUUUGCAUCAAAUCAGAUCAAUGAGAGAAAGUGCCAUCUAGUUUAAGUAUUUUUGUCUUAGGUAUUGUUUUUAAUUUAUGCUUCAAGGUUUAAGUACCUAUUGUGAAUCCGGCCUGGGUCUAAUACUCGAAUAAACGUUUUCUAUAAUUAUAAUGAAAUUCAAUUUUUGAAAUUUUGUAAGGAUUAACCCUUUGGAGGUUCUCUAGGUUGUCGGGUUAGCAAAUUGAAUUGCGUUGAUGAGUGUGAUAGGGCGCCUUGCUCAAUUGGUGAAAUCACAAAAAAAUUACGCUUUCGAUAAAAAGUUUGGUUGGAAAAUUAAAGUUUCCAAAAAGCACAAAUGUGACAUUUCCAACAAAAAAAUUGAAUAGGUACAAGAUUGAACAAAGGUCAUCUGGCAGUUCACAAAUUCGGCGAGAAUCUUGGCAAUAAUGCCUUUGUUUAAAUAAUGUAGAAAAGAAAGAUCUAUGUCGCUAAGAGAGGAUUUUUAUCAAGUCUUAAAAUCUUGUCGGAAAUCGGGCUGAAAUAUGACACAAAAUUUGGCGAAAUUGCGAGCUUUGUAGUGAGGAUAACUAAUGAUAAAACAAAUUUUGCUGUGAUUCACCAAAUUUAGCACAGAAUUUUAUUUCAUUUUGUGAAAAAAUAAGCAUUUCAUCACUUAAUUGAAUGUUGGAAUUAUGAAGAUGAACAUAGAGAGAAAUAGUGAGCAAAAACACAAAUCCAUAGCGUUAACGAAAUGAAAGACUGAACUCGCAAAAACUGGUUAUUUUUUGCUUUGUGGCCCAAUUUUUUCAAAAAAAAUCACCCCUGAUCCCUCAAACGGUUCUUUUGUGCGCCUUUAUUUUUUAUAAAAUACAUUACGAUUAUAGGUAGGUACAUGAAACGAAGAAUUCUUGUAAAAUAGCUAUCAAAUUAUGGCCUUUUUGCAGGUACCAUAGAUUUGUGAACUGCCGGAUGACUUUGUUUCAAUCUUGUUUUUUGAUAUUUUUUCUAAUUCAUUUUUUCAAGAGUGCUUUUGUUCAAUGUUUUUUAUCCAUUUAAAAAAAAUUCUGCAUACUAUAUUCGAUUUUUUUGUUGGAAAUGUCACAUUUUGUGCUUUUUGGAAACUUUUAUUUUCCAACAAAACUUUUUAUCGAAAGCUCAACUUUUCUGUGAUUUGGUUAGUUGGGCAAGGCGCCCUAUCACACUCAUCAAAGCAAUUCAAUUUGCUAACCAGAUAACCUCCAAAGGGUUAAGCGCUUACUUUUGGAUUACCUACUUGAUUUUCAUUUGUUUCAACGCAAAAUACUUCUGUGGCGGUUAGAAUGCCUAUCAUGAUUUACUUUUCUCUUUUAUUCCAGAUAUUACCUAUUAUAUCAAUAUGAAGCCAUCCAUCUGCCUAAAUUUUGGUAUAGUAACUUGGGAAAAUUGAUAUUAAAAAAUUAACUGAAAUGGAUUUUGAUACUUUAUAUACCUGAUUGAUCAACUUCAUGAUUGCAAAGAGGAUUAUAAAAAAAAUGUAUUUCAACGGCCAGUCCUCAAUCGAGUACGUUUCAAUUUUUCUGAUAAUUUUGCUGGGCUUACAACCAGAAGGUGUAACACUGUUCUCCAGUCAGGUUACAGUAUUCUCCGACAACAGUACACUAAAGUUUAAUAAGUUGGCCGUAUCUUAUUCUUCAAUUAUUGUUGGUGCUGUUAACCAUUUGUAUCAAUUAUCACUUGAUCUUGAAUUGUUAGCGAAUAUUACAACCGGACCAUUUUCUACAAAUUUUUCAGUUACAAAAUCUGGUUAUAAUGAGAAUGUGAACCCCAAAUCAAUGGAUAAUCAUAACAAAAUUUUGCUGCUAUAUGAACAAAAUGAUACUUCACAUUUGAUAACUUGUGGAACCCUUCAGUUUUGUAGUAUAUAUAAUUUGAAUGGUACAACAAUGUCAGAAUCAAACGUUAUAAAAGUAUUUGAACCUUUUGUGGCAAACACUCCUACUGCAUCAACAGUAGCUUUUAUUAAACAUUUAGAGGAUGCCAGAGAAUCUGAUAUUGAUGAAGGAUACACUCUAUGGACAGCGCAAUCCUAUAGUAACUUCACCCAGCCAUUUCAAGUGCCAGCUUUUGCUGUGAGAAAUUUGCCUUCUUUCAGAUUAAUUGAUAAUUCCAGUAAGAUUUUAUUUAAUAGCAAAUAUCGAGAUAAAUACAUUGUAAAUUACAUUUGUGCAUUUGAUUCUCCUGAAAACAACUACAAGAGCUACAUUUUAACAACUCAGCAAAGUUCUGUAACAAAAACAUCCCCAUAUAUUUCAAAAUUGAUUAGGAUUUGUGGAGGAGCUCUCGGAAGAAAUCUUGUAAACAGGUAUGCUGAGAUUCCACUUGAGUGCAUUGUAAAAGGAGAAAGACCGUACAAUUUGGUGCAAGCAGCAUAUCUAGAAGAUUCUGGUACUGGAGAAACUUUACUAUUUGCGAUAUUCUCUCAGAGUGAAAAUAUGAACUCACAGAAACCAAAUAACCGUAGUGCCAUAUGCAUGUAUUCACUGAAAGAUAUUGACAAACAAUUUGGUAAAAAUAUAGAAAACUGUUUUCAUGGAAAUGGAAAGCCAGGGGUGGAAUUUAUAUCACCUGGAAGACAAUGUAUAAAACAUAGUAUUCAUAAGGGUUUCUGUUUAUCAGGCAUAAACAUGCCCAUUGGUGGGAAUAUUCCAAUAAAAAGGCCUUCUUUGCUAACAUUUGAUGCGCAUCUGACAGCAAUUGCAACGAGACGUCCCUCAGAGGAUUCACACAUAGAUGUGUUUGUUGGUACAAGUACUGGGCACUUGAAAAAGAUCAUUGUGGAGAAUAGUACUAGUUCAUGCGAGUAUGAUGAUGUAACAAUCGAUGAACAGUCCCCAGUAAAUGCGGAUCUCUUUUUUUUACCAUAUGAGGAAGAGGAUUUGCUAGUGAUGACUGAACAUAAGCUCACCAAAGUUCAUUUAGAACCAGUGCCAUACAGUUGUCCUGUGUUUGGUACUUAUGAUGAUUGUGUACAAUCCAACACAACAUGCAAUUACUGGUGCUCACAUACUAACGAAUGUACUACUACAAAAUGUGGUUGUAAUAUGAGAAUACGUUAUUGGAAGUUGAUGUUCAAUUCCAUAAAAUCAGAAAAUUUAUCAAUUAUUGAGCCAUAUGAUAAUGUAGAGCAUCUCGAACAUGACAUUUCAGCUGUGAAAUUGAGAUCCAGUUCAGAUAAAUUUUCUGAAAUAUUAUUACAAUUUAAAGAGUUUCUUCUUUGUGUGAUUGCUGAUGAAAACAUCAACAUUUCUUUUAUUGCAAAUGAUGCUUUUGCAUCAGGAAACGAGUAUACAAUUGACUGUAGUUUUCCGAAUUCUUCACUAGCAGUACCAUCUGGCAGUCAUGAUUCAAGUUCAACAUUGUCGAUUAUAAUUACUAAUAAAAAUAUUCCAUUUGUUUGGAGUACAAACAUUUCAUUGCAUGAAUGUGAUGUGCACACUUCUUGUUUUGAGUGCACUGAUUCGUUGUCUCCAUGUUACUGGAGAAUGGAUGAACAGAAGUGCAUGUUCAAGCACACUAUAAAAAAACAUAAAAAAACUGGUAAUCAUUCUAAUAUGCUCACCAACUCAUGUCUGCAUCCAGCUAUUCCGACUAUCUCUUCUUUUUGGCCAACAAAAGCCGCAGUUUUUGGAAAACUUGCUAUCACUAUUCGAGGUGAAAACUUGGGUUAUUCAUUUAAAGACAUAAUGAAUCCAAUUGACAUGUCUGGAGUACCUUGUAUACCAACUGACUAUCAGUUUGAACCAAUGAAGAAAGUAGUAUGCUUCAUUGAAUAUGUCAAUGCCCUGAAUGUUCCAAGGCCAGUGGAAAUGAUAGUCAAUAAUGUGUUGGCAAAAUCCAGAGAAAAUUUUACUGUAUCAUAUCCUGUAAUUAAUUUAGUUUUUCCCCUUUCAGGGUCUCUAUCUGGUGGUACUAAACUAACUAUUGAAGGUGAAAAUUUGGACAUAGGAAGAUCGAUUUCGGUUCAUAUUGGUGGAUUACCAUGUCACAUAUUUUCAAUUGAUACUGCUAAAAUAGAAUGUAUCACUUCUUCGUGUAACAUAUGUCAUGAGUCAUCAAUGACAGUUGCUGUUAGAAUAACAUAUGACCUUGACUCAUCUUGGAAAGAUGGUCUUUUAUUCGAGUACACUAACAAUUAUGACCAUGAUGUUGAUGGGUUCAACAUGAAACCAAAAAGUAUCCCUGCUGGUGGCAUUGCUAUCAAAACUGGAUUUAGAGAUUCUGCAGAUACAAGGAAAACGUACUUCAUUCAAUGUGAAAAAAGUUCUUUCAAUGGCUCAUGUGAGAUGCCACCUGAGUCUUCACACAUAGUCUGUAAGUCUCCUUACAUUCCAGAUAUCAAAAGUGACUCAAUAAAUCCAAAAUAUCCCUUGCCAUUGCAUUGCUCAGUUAUUCAGAUAGACAGUAGUGAUUUAUACAGAAGUGUUGUAAUUGGCGAUGUUCUUGUGUCUUUAUAUCCUAAUCCGGAAUUUCAUAAUUUUUCAACCAAAUAUGAGAAGUUCACUGGAACUGAGUUCAUCAUUAUCAAAGGAAAUAAUAUAGAUAAAUCUUGUCAAAUAAUGGAUAUAUAUGUAAAGGCUGGAAACCAUAGCUGCACUAUAAUUUCAUUGUCUCUGAAUGAAAUGAUUUGUAUUUUUAGUAGGCUCAACUCAACUCCAUUCAUAUUUAGAGAUAAUUUAGAUGAAUUACAUGACGAGUGGAAACACAUUCGACUUAUAAAUGGGUCAGAUGAUUUCGAUCAAGUACACGAAGAAUUGAAGAAAAUUGAAUUUAUAACUGUGUCAAUUGGUGAUUAUUUUGAAGAAAUUGUUUUCAAAGCAAAUACAUCUACAAACAAUUCAGCGAAUUCUGCUAACAAUUCAUCAGUCACACUUAUAAUUUAUAUUGUAGUUACAGUAUUAAUAUUUAUCCUCAUCUUUAUCAUAGUGGGUAAAUUAUGCUUAAAAUAUUCGCGAAGAAUGAAGCAAAUGCAACGAAGAGUGAAUAAAAUGGGCAUGGAUGCAAUCUCCAUGAGACAAUGCAUAAAGCAAGUGACUGUAGAAAACCAAAUACAAUUGGAUGGACAUCUGGCAGAUGUGCUGAAUUUACCGAAUGUCACAAUUGAAGUUAAUGCUUCAUAUUAUGGAAGUCCCACUACUGAAAUGGCCACAGCUAUCGAAUACCUUUUACCACUUGAUGAGGAGUGGGAAUUUCCAAGAGGUGACUUGACUCUAGGAAAGCACCUGGGGGAAGGCGAAUUUGGACAAGUUGUUCGAGGGGAAGCUGUUGAUAUCUUGGAAGAGAAUGUUACAACCACUGUCGCAGUUAAAAUGUUGAAAGAUUCCCAUUCAGAUUCAGAUAUGAUUGAUUUAGUUAAAGAGAUGGAAAUAUUGAAAUUAAUUGGAGCUCAUGAAAACGUCCUUCGACUUCUUGGCUGUUGCACGCAGAAUGGACCAUUGUUGAUCAUUACUGAAUUUGCUCAAUAUGGCAAUUUAUUGGAUUUUCUUCGGAAGCGUGUUUAUUUCAUUUAUCAAAAUACAUCAGAAAUAUUGGCUGAACAAACUUUACUAACCUUUGCUCUUCAAGUUGCAAGAGGAAUGGAAUACCUGGCAUCUAAAAAGUGCAUACACAGAGAUCUUGCUGCCAGAAAUGUUCUAGUAUCUCAUGAUUUUGUGCUGAAAAUAGCUGAUUUUGGGUUGGCCAGACAUACUCGAAAUAAAGAUUACUAUAAAAAGAAAACAAAGGGUAGGCUGCCAGUCAAGUGGAUGGCACCAGAGGCAUUAACGCAUUUGCAGUUUACUACUCAAUCUGACGUGUGGUCCUAUGGAAUAUUAUUAUGGGAAAUACUGACUGUAGGAGGUGUCCCCUAUCCUGCAUUUACAGACAUGAAAAAACUAAUCAGGGAUUUGAAAUCAGGUUACCGCUUGGAACAACCUUCUAACUGCUCUUUGAAAACGUACAAUUUAAUGCGUGAAUGUUGGCAUUCCUUACCUGAACAACGCCCAACUUUUUCUUCAAUCGCUGAAGAGUUGUGUGAAAUGAUACCGAGUGAAGUGCUUGAUCAACAUGCAUCCAAGAUCUUCUGGUCCAACAGUGACGAGUCCCACUCAAUCAAUACUGAAAACGAGUGCAACUCUAGCAAUACUGAAAGCGAGUACUACUUUACCAAUACUGAAAGCGAGUACAACUCCAGUGAUAAUGAAAAUGAAGUUGACAAUUUAUUAUUGUUACUGUAAUUGAUAACAAUUCUGGUUUAAAUUUUGCUAAAAUUAAGCUCUGAUUUAUAUACUAUUCAUUUAUUUCUAAAAUAUUUCUUAGAUGAAUAAGUACCUACUUAAGUAUCUGAUGAGUGAGUGUUUUCACAAACUUGUUAGGAGGAAAAUUUUUAUUAAUUUUUUUGUUUUUUUGAGUAAAUGAUAGUGAUAUUACCUGGGUUAUCGUUAUGUCGAUUUUCAGGAUAUUUAAAAGUACAUACAUCAUUUGACUAACCAAUAUGGCUUCAAGUUUUGGAGGAGAAUCAAACAUUUCUAUUAAGACUGCUUUUAGGUCUAUGUAUGUAGGUAAUAUUUUUGGCAUCCUAGAAAAUUUCAAAUGUGAGGAUCUUAUCAACUCUUUUUUUUGCAAUUUUUAUUAUAAUUUGCUGAGGCCCAUUUUAAUACGUAGCAUAACACUUUUUCUCAACUUACUUGGAGAUUGACUCAUUUCAAUCUCAAAAUUUGUCAAAAACCCUCAGAAACAUUUUAAUGUAUUCCUCUUUUUUGGGCUCAAAUUCAUCGGAAAUGGUAAAAAAAAAAAUCUCGAAACUUUAACCCACUUUGAUAAAUUGCAAAUUCUCUUUUAAAUAAUUAACAAAGGGCUUCUUUCAUUGUACGAUUAUGAAAAUCCAGAAUCAACUUUUCUGACUUCUUACACCCACAUCUACAAGAAUUGAAACCAAUAUUCAAAGUUUGAGUUUUUUUUUUUUUUAGAAAGCUAUCACGUAAGGCUAAUUUAUAGUUUAUCGCAACAUAGGUAUUAUUCUUAAGUUGGUAUAGAUUUAUGCAUAAGUAGGCAUAUUCUGCAUUCUUAAUGAACUUAUCUCUUCAUAAGAUGUUGUAGAAUUUUGGAACAUUUCAUUAAACAUGUGGGUGAAUCCUGAUAGCAGGGCUGGUGAGAGCCCAUGCAGCCUGGGGCAAAGAUCAUGUUAGGUUCCAUUUCUGAAGCAGAAGCUAUAUUGACUAUUGAGGUUUUCGUGUUUGUUUUUGUAUAGACUUUUGAAAAUUGAUUUUAGAGACCAGAAUUUUAUCCAUCCCAAGGUUAUUCUUCGGUACCUAUACUUCUUUUUCGAUCUCAUUUUCAAAAGAAAUUAAUUGUCCCAAAUAUAUUAUAUCUUCAGUAAUUCCCAUCACCAAAAUUUUUAAUAGCUGUGUCCUUCCUAAAAUCACCUGUGGCUCCCAAACGUGGUCCCUGAUAAAAAAGAUAUAGAAACGAUUAGAAAUCACACAAAAUUUGAUGGAGAGACCCAUGCUUUGGAUUAAACUAAGGGAUAUAAGGACGGUGAGGUUGUCAAAAAUUAAAAAUACUUUUAAUGAUUUUAGAAUUGUACCUACUGUGAAGAGGAUUAACUUAUGUAAUUAGGCUGGUCAUGUGACAAAACUGUUGGACCCCAUGUAAAACAGUAAAAGAGAAAAAGGUAACAAGAGGUGAGGUGGAGGGAUUCAAUAGCAAAUUUCAUCAAAAACAAACUACAUUAUAUGAGAGUGUGUCACAAGACCGUACUAAAUGGUACAGGUUGAGUGAGACCUUUGGCCAAGAUAUGGGCAUCUGAUGUGUAGGAUUUAUUUAUUUUAUUUUUAUUUUUAAUUUUACUUUUUGGUAAGUUUACUUAUAAUAAUUAAUGUUGUACACUUGGUACACUUGAUCAAAAUAAAGGUGUUUAUUAAUUUAUUCAGGCUGUAUUGAGGUU